UGAAAAGGAUGCCUUAAGACGCUUGCAGUCCAUGGUAGCAGGAAGGCAAGUUGACUCGUGGUCUAAAAGACUUGGAAGUAAUGCAAAUGGCAAUGCUCCGUUUGGGGGAAGUGUAAUAGGAAGUUUUAGCAAAACCUGCUUCGAGAAAGACUUUCCAUCCCUUCAAGCUGAGGGAAGGCAGGGCCUUUCAGAUGCAAGUGGUGUAUCAACCCCUGGUCUUAGAACUGCUGUUCAGAGUCUGCCCUUUAGUUCUCCUUUUAUAAUUGGAACAUCUGCUCUGGCAGAAGUACCAGUAAAAGUUGAAACUAAUGGUAAUGUACUCUCUCCCGUUGCACAAGUUGCUCCCAUUAGUCAGGCAUCUGCAACAGGAAGCACUAUGACCGGAUUAAACAUGGCAGAGGCACUUACUCAGUUAUCUGUUGACACUCAGAGGAUCGAGGAGCUUACGUUAAAGAAGUGCAAGCAGCUAAUACCCAUGACACCUUUGAUGCCUAAGGCCUUGAGUUGCAACUCAUCAGAAAAGACAAAGUCAAAACUUGCAAUUGGUGGAGAUUAUAGUUCUCCCACUAAGGUUGGCCAGCGGUUGCAUGUGAACCUUACUGUUGGCAAAUUGGCUAGAUCUGACAUUGCAAAGACAUCUCAAACAGGAAAUUUUCAAGUUCUUAACCGAGAGAAGAAAAACGUCUCCCCUGCUGCUAAAGAUAACUCAAAUGUUGGCAAACCUAUGAACCUCAUUGGCGUUGCUCCAUCUGCCGUGGUCCUUCCUUUGAAGAGUCCAACUGACCAGAAUCUUAAAGUUGAUAAGAAUGGUGCCUUAUCUCAUACCUCCUUUGGGGAAAGAAAACUCCUUACCCAAGCUCAGAAUAGGAAUGAUUUCUUCAAUUUACUAAGGAAAAAAUCAUCUAGUAGUGCAAGGGCUAUUCUAGAGCCAACCUCUGUUGGCCUGACAUCAAAAUUGGAUAAGUCGGAAGAAGUGAACCUGCAAAUCACUUCCCCCACCACCAUGGAAAAUAACAACCUUUCAUUGGUAUCUGACUUGGAUUGCUCGACGGAGAUCAGAAAUUGUACGAAUGGAGAUUUUUGUGCCUCUGAUGAGUCCAAGAGAUUUUGGACUGACAAUGGAGAAACUAAUGGUUGUGCGGACAUUGUUGUCGAUCCAGAAGAAGAAGCCUUCUUACAGUCGCUUGGAUGGGAUAAAAAUGCAUGGGAGGAAGCUCUGACCAAGGAGGAGAUUGAAGCCUUCCUUAAGAAGCAUCCUAUUCUCGGUACGAGAAACAGAGACCAUUGAAGCUCGUGCCUAGUGAUAUGCACGGGGGCAACUUGCCUGGUGUAGACGCAUGAAGAAAUGCUGGUAGUCAGCUGGCUUUCUGAAAGUGAUUUCUAAUUGCUUGCUGUUUAGAGGGUUGAAAUAUGAGUUGGAAAUAUAGGUUGAUGAAAAAGAAGAGUGGACUUUUAUCCUUCAGCUGCCAAAAUGAAUUCUAAAAUGCAGAAUAAGAUUUAUAUAAUCACUUUGGUUUAUGGGGCUAUGGCAUUUUGUAGAGGUUUCUUCUCUUUUGGCGUGAUGAAAUCACUGGGCAUCUGAAAAAAAGGUAAAUUUGGAAAAAUGAUCUUUGUAAUUAAUUAAUUAAUUGAGAUGUCCUUUCACCAUUUAUAUGUUCUAAUGGUCUCUGGCAUUUGUUU